CGCCUACCUGUAGCCGGUCAAUCCGAAGCCACACUCUGGCUGACUGGCGGAGAGUAAGACUCACAAACGGAACUGGUGUCAACGAAGCUUGAACAUUUAAAAAACUCAAAUGGAUAUAUUUUUUCACAUAACGUUUUGGCUGUUUUGCUUUUCUUUCCUGUGACUCCUGCCCGAGGUCUGGCUCCGUUCCAUUCCCCCGCGGGCUGUACGGAUCCUCGCUGCCAGAUUGAAAUCGCUGUGCUAUUGGAAUUUGGGAGUUUUUAGUUGGGGCGUGCUUGUCACCUUCGGGACAGUUCUUCUGGUCUUUGGUGUUGGUAAGCGUCAAGGCUGACUGUAUGGCAGAACGAUGUUACCUAGCUAAUUUCACCACGGAUAUUUCUGUCGAUUCCACUGACUUGUCGAAGUGAACAAUGUGACCGAAUACGAGCUCAUUGGACACCACGCAUUUUUGGGUGUACAAAAUUGCACGAGACGUUCCAUGGAAACUUCUGCAUGACAGCCACAAAACUUAGCGGUUUUCAUCUUGCAGUUAUUUCAUAUUUCUCCAGGGACCCACGCUCAGCAGGAUGAUUCUACUGUCUCGAACUCAGCUUGCCUUGUUUUUUAUCCUUCUGUGCCCAGUGAACAUUAUCGGCUUGUGGUGGGCCGUAGGAAGCCCCUUGGUCAUGGACCCUAACAGCAUCUGCAGGAAGACCAAGCGACUGGCGGGCAAGCAGGCCGAACUGUGCCAGAGCCAGCCCGAGAUCGUCAACGAGGUCGCCAAGGGUGCCAAACUGGGGGUGCGAGAGUGCCAGUUCCAGUUCCGUUUCCGUCGCUGGAACUGCACCAGUCAGAACAAGUACUUUGGAAAAAUACUGCAACAAGAUAUCCGGGAGACGGCGUUCGUGUACGCCAUCACGUCAGCAGGGGUUACCCACACGGUGACCCAGGCCUGCAGCAUGGGGGAGCUACUGCAGUGUGGCUGCGAGGCCACCCGGAGCCGCGCCCCGCCCAAACCCACCACGGGCUCCGGCACCGACAGCGUCAAGUGGGAGUGGGGAGGCUGCGGGGACGACGUGGAGUUUGGCUACGAGAAGUCCAAGCAGUUCAUGGACGCCAAGAGGAAGAAGGGGAAGAGUGACAUCAGGACGCUGAUCGACCUCCACAACAACGAGGCCGGACGAUUGGCGGUGAGGAAUUAUAUGAGGACCGAGUGUAAAUGUCACGGGCUGUCUGGUUCCUGCACACUAAGGACCUGCUGGAAAAAGAUGCCUCACUUUCGCGAGGUGGGCGACCGCUUGCUGGAGCGCUUUAACGGGGCCUUCAAGGUGAUGGGAGGGAACGACGGCAAGACGCUCAUCCCCGUGGGCCACAACAUCAAACCGCCGGACAAGCAGGACCUGAUCUACUCGGCCGAAUCGCCCGACUUCUGCCUGCCCAACAGGAAGACGGGCUCGCUGGGCACGCGCGGCCGCGUCUGCAACAGCACGGCCAUGGACGUGAGCGGCUGCGACCUGCUCUGCUGCCAGCGCGGCUACAGGGACGAGACGCUGGUGUUCGAGGAGAACUGCCUCUGCCGCUUCCACUGGUGCUGCGUGGUGCAGUGCAAGAAGUGCUCCGUCCGCAAGGAGCUCAGCCUCUGCUUCUAG